UAUGGAAAAACUAAGCAAGGACUGGUUAUAUAUAUCUGUGGGAAGUCCAGGGUGAGGGAAGAACUCUUGUCAGCUGGAAGCCAGCUUAAAUGUUCCAGUUAAUCACCCUAAUUUACAUUGAAUGGCUACAUCCAGCCACCUUCUGCCUGGGGGCAUUCUCUGUUAACUGCCCCUGGUUCCCAUGUGUUGCUUCUUAUUUACUGUUCUGAUUUUUGAGUUUUUUAAUACUGGUAGCCAGAUUUUGUUCAUUUUCAUGGUUUCCUCCUUUCUGUUGAAGUUGUCCACAUGUUUGUGAAUUUCAAUGGCUUCUCUGUGUAGUCUGACAUGAUAGUUGUUGGAGUGGUCCAGCAUUUCUGUGUUCUCAAAUAAUAUACUGUGUCCAGGUUGGUUCAUCAAGUGGUCUGCUAUGGCUUAUUUUUCUGGUUGAAUUAGUCUGCAGUGCCUUUCAUGUUCUUUGACUCUUGUUUGGGCAAUGCUGCGUUUGGUGGUUCCUAUGUAUACUUGUCCACAGUUGCAUGGUAUCCGGUAGACUCCUGCAGAGGAGAGAGGAUCCCUCUUGUCUUUCGCUGACCGUAGCAUUUGUUGGACUUUCGCUUUUUCUCCUCAGGACAAUAUUUGUACUAUCACUAUCUUUUCCUGGGCCGAUGGCCAGAACAUCAUUAUUAUCUGCUCAAAAUUGACCUUUCACUUCUGGGUGUAGUGCCCAGAUUUUCCAAGUUCAGACUCUCUUUACCUUUUAUUAAGGAUUAACAAAUAUUUUGUAAGAAUGAAGAUUCAUUUCUAUGUCUCAUCUCUAGCCAUUUUUGUGUACUCUCUGUUCUGCUUUCCUUUAGCUAAAUGUAUUAACUGCAACAAACGGCAUCAAAAAUGCUUGGGUGGAAGGGCAACAGAGGCAAAUUUUUGGUCUCUGAAGACCUUGGCUGGCCCACUAGUCUUUACAUUGACUAUUUAAAUGGUGAUAGAAUUUACUGGAAUGACCAGAAGGAAAAUCUAGUGAAAUUAAUGAAACGCGAUGGAACAGAUAGGAAGACAACUCUUCACGGAGCAGUGGUCACGCCGACAUUUUCCUCCUGGACCUCUUGCCCUUCCUGUUAUUGGAGGCUUAUGGAGAGUAAACUUUGGAAAGGGAUAUAAUGCGGAGACACAAAUAAAGUUGGCAGAACAAUACGGAGACAUUUUUACUUUGUGGGUGGGACACAUACCAGCUGUAAGUUUUUCUGGAUUUGAAGCUGUGAAAGAAGUAUUGAUUCAUCAUUCAGAAGACUUCUCAGACCGGGUACAGACUCCAUUGCUUACAACUAUAUCAAGAGGAAAGGGUAUUGUACUUUCAAAUGGACAUGUCUGGAAGCAGCAGAGGCGGUUUGGCCUAGUUACGCUGCGAAAAUUGGGUGUGGGGAGAAAAAGCGUGGAGAGCCAAAUUGAAGAGGAAUCUCAACAGCUUGUAGAGGUUUUUGCACGUGAAAAAGGGCAACCAUUUGAUCCUGCAUUGCCCAUCACAAAUUCUAUCUGCAACGUGAUAUGUGCCAUCACUUUUGGAUACCGUUUCCCUCUUGAAGAUGAAACCUUCAAGAAAAUAAUGGAUGCCGUUGCAUUUACCUUGGCAUUUGGACUAAGUCUUUUUCAUUUGCUAUAUGAAAUAUUCCCAUGGCUCAUGAAGCAUCUUCCAGGGCCUCACAAAGAGGCAUUGAAUGCCACAGAGAUGCUGCUUUCAUUAGCCAAGAAAGAAAUACAGGAACAUAAGGAGCAAAAGUCUUUUCAGGAGCCACGGGAUUUCAUUGAUUUCUACCUGUCUGAAAUAGAGAAAAGGAAGAAUGAUCCUACCUUUACAUAUAAUGAUGAGAAUCUGGCUCAGGAUAUUCAUGACUUUUUUAUUGCUGGAACGGAAACUACUGCGACUUCUCUGAAAUGGGCAAUCCUCCUUUUGGCAAAUCAUCCAGAUAUUCAAGAUAAAGCCUAUAAGGAAAUAGAAGAUGUUUUGUGCUCCUCUUCCUUCAUCUAUCAAGAUCUAAAGAAGCUCCCUUAUACAAAUGCUGUGCUUCAUGAGAUUCAGCGUUUAAAAUAUCCCCUCUUAUUUGGGAUCCCAAGACAAACAGCCAAAGAUGUGAAGAUAAGAGGUUUUCUCAUCCCUAAGGGGACAAUCGUUAUACCAAAUAUACGCACUGUUCUUCUUGAUCCUGAGCACUGGGAGUCUCCUAAUGAGUUCAAUCCAAAACAUUUUUUGGACCAGGAUGGACAUUUUGUUGCUAGAGAAGAGUAUCUGGCAUUUGGUGCAGGGGCUCGGGUGUGUUUGGGGGAACAGCUGGCAAGGAUGGAGUUCUUCAUCUUCUUGGUCAACCUGCUGAGGGCCUUCCGUUUCCAGUUGCCUCCAGGAGUAAAAAAUCUCAAUGAAAAACUUGCACCAGGACUAACGACACCACCCUAUCCUUAUAAAGUGUGUGCUGUUCCUCGCUGUAGUUUAUCAUAAAACAUAAAAAAUGGAGUACAGCAAAGGAGCAAGUUAAAGAAUUUAUGAGAAAAUGGGUGUAAAAUAUAGGGAGACCAAUAAAGAUGGAAGAAUGGGAGAAGAUUUGGAAUCAGAAACUACAACAUACUUACUCAUACAACCUAAAGGAGAAUUGAUAGAAAAUGAUUUCCCAGUGGUAAAUCACUCAACAAGAAUAGCUAAAUAUUACAAACAUAUGAAUAAUAAAUGUUGGAAAUGUGAUACACAUGAGGGGUAAUUUUACCACAUGUGGUGGUCCUAUGGGACGGCAAAAUCCUAUGGGAAAGAAAUACAGGAAACAAUUCAGAAAAUUCUCAAUACAAAUGUACAAUGUAAUCCAGAAUACUUUCUAUUGGGAAUGACAGAGAUAAACAGAGAUGCAAACAAAAACAAACUGUUCAGUUACAUGAUGACAGCAGCCAGAACAGUAUCUGUCAGAAUUUGGAGAUUGGAGAUUCUUUUAUCUUCUUUUUGGAAAAUGUUUAUUUUAGAUAAAAUUAUUCAAAAACAUACAAAAAUAAUUGCAAUGGCAUGUACUUUAUUGUUGUAAUGUUAAACCAACUCCACACUUAGAGUGCCAGAAUUUGGAAACUGAAAGAAAAGACCCUAUUAGACCAAUGGCUAAUAAAAGUUAUGGAGAUUAUGAAUAUGGACAAAUUGACCCGAUUAGUAGCAAAAUUUCAAGGUAAUUACAAGAAAGGAUCUGACUGGACCUUAUUCAAAGAUUAUAUGUCAAAAAAUAAAGGGAACAUGAUAAUAUAAUCUUAAAAUAAAUUAUUAGAUGAAACUUAGAUGAAAUAAAGAGGAGGAACAUACUUCAUGACAUGAAUUUUAAGAAAACUAAUAAACCAUGAUGAAGUUGGAUGGAAGUACACAAUUCCCUGCUUUUUCCUCUUCCCUUCAACAGCCCCCCUUCCCAAUCCCAUACCCAAUCCCCUCCUUCUCUAUAUUCAUCCCCUCUAUCUUUUAUCUUCUUUUAGAAAAAUGUUUAUUUUAAAUAAAAAAUAUUUUAAAAGGAAUACAAAAAUAA